UUCUCUUUCACUCAUCAAAUCACUCACUCACCACUCUUCUCCAAUUCCAAUACCUCCCUCUCACACGCACUACUACACUACCCUGUCCCUCCUCUUCUUCCAUUCAAAACCAGAUCCCAUCUCACCAAUCUCUAUUCAUGACACUCCUCCACUCACUACUUCCUUUCUUCCAUGACUAACCCCUCUACCUUCCCCACCAUUCUCUCCUUCAUUCUGCUACUCUUUUUCCCCACUUCCAACUCUACUCACACGCAUACUGACACUUGCUCUUCCAUUACUCACCCAUGCCCACCAUUCCCUCACCACCUUCCUUACCCAUUCUCCACUUCACCUGGCUGCGGCCACCCUUCUUUCCACAUAAACUGCUCCUCCCCUCACUCUCACAUCUCCAUUAACAACCUCACUUUCUCCAUCCUCUCUUACAACUCUUCCUCUCUUUUCCUCUCCCCACACCACUCCAACAACACUUGCCCUUCUUCUCACUUCCUUUCAAUCCCCAACAAACCCAUCAAUCUUUCUCACUCCCCUUUCACAGUCUCUGACGCUUCGUGUUCCCGCCUCUCCUUCCUCCAACCAUGCUCCCCUCCAACGCUUCCAAACUGCAGCCACUGCCCCUGGGAAUGUAAAGUUAUCAAAAGCCCGGGUGAGAUUCUUCCAGAUUGUAGAUCCACACACCACUCUGCUUCUGACUCUGGAACUUGCCAGAGCGAUGUUCUGGGUUACCUCAACAAGAUGCUCCUCGAAGACGGGAUUGAAGUCGAGUGGGACGAAUCGCAGGACCCUUACUUCUCAAGCUGCAGAGAAUGCCGAAUCAAUGGUGGAUUCUGCGGGUUCAAUUCAUCAGACCCGGAUAAGCACUUCCUCUGUUUCGGCUCCAAAUCGUCGCUCUCGCAGCCGUGGAUUCAGAACGUGGGGAAGCCUAAUCGGAGAACAGUUCUCUGCCUCGUCAUCGCAUUCACGUCCCUGCUGCUUCUUACCCUCGUCGCCAUCACCAUUCUCCGUUCCCGGAGCUUGAAACCGUCACCGGAAACAGAGGAAGACCCGACUACAAUCUUCCUCCACAACCACCGUUCCGCUAGCCUCCUCCCUCCGGUGUUCACCUACGAUGAGCUGGAUACUUCAACCAACCACUUCGACCCCAAGCGGAAGAUCGGCGACGGCGGGUUCGGCUCUGUCUACCUAGGCCACCUCUUCGACGGGAGGCUAGCUGCGGUGAAGCACCUCCACCGGCAGCACCACCCGGCGGCGUUCUCCACCAAAUCCUUCUGCAACGAGAUCUUAAUCCUCUCCUCCAUCGACCAUCCCAACCUCGUGAAGCUCCAUGGCUACUGCAGCGAUCCCAGAGGGCUUCUCCUUGUCUACGAUUACGUCCCGAACGGGACACUAGCGGAUCACCUCCACGGCCGGAGAAGAGGGUCGCCGCUGACGUGGCAGACGAGGCUUGACAUUGCUCUGCAAACCGCUCUGGCGAUGGAGUACCUUCAUUUCUCGGUGGUGCCGCCGAUAGUGCAUAGAGACAUCACUUCCUCCAACAUCUUCGUUGAAUCGGACAUGAGAAUCAAGGUGGGUGACUUCGGACUCUCGAGAUUGCUGGCGUUGAAGCAGCAUGACAAUACGACGACGUGUUCCGGCGGGUUUGUUUGGACCGGGCCGCAAGGUACACCCGGGUAUUUAGACCCGGAUUACCAUCGGUCUUUCCGGUUAACCGAGAAGAGCGACGUGUACAGCUUCGGGGUGGUGUUGUUAGAGCUCAUCUCAGGGCUCAGGGCGGUGGAUCAAACCAGGGACAGGCGCGAAAUGGCGCUCGCUGAUAUGGUAGUGUCAAGAAUCCACACCGGGCAGCUCCGGCAGGUUCUCGACCCGGUUCUGAAACUGGACCGCGACGGCGCCUCCGCUUUUGAUUCUGUGGCCUCCGUGGCGGAGCUGGCGUUCAGAUGUGUCUUGCCGGAUAAGGAUGACCGGCCUGAUUCCAAGGAGGUGGUGGAGGAGCUGAAGCGGGUUCGGAGCAAGGCUCGCGGAGGAGGAGGGUCAAGGUCGUCAGCGAGUUGCGACGGCGGAGAUGACGUGGCUAAGGGCUGAGGAGAUGUGGGGCGUGGUCCGCACAUGUAGACUUUGACUCUCUUGGGUCUCAGUUUUGUCGGAAGGUAACGUUGACCCCACUGAACCAGAACAAAACUAAACUAUGAAUCUAUGAUGAUGUGUUACUUUUUCUUUUUGAAAUUGUUACUAUACUACUUUACCACGUGGGACACACACGCACGAGGGUUUUGUUACGUAACGUGAGGGUGAAAAAUAUGUCAGUGAUGCCGUACCAGUACGGGUAGGUUAUCAAUGGAAAACAAUGUCAGUGGUACCAUUCACACUUCUAUACUGGGCUUCUGAUUCUUGUACCUUGAAUAUCUAUCAUCGUAAAUAUUUGUAUAACUACUUUGUGAAUUACUGUAUUACAUUUUCCUUUUUCAA